GCGUGCUUCGGAGAUGAUAAGCAAAGAGUCGUAGUUACAUUAUGACAUAAAAAAUUCCUAAGUUCUGUUUUGCAACAUGACACAAUAAUUGUUAGUUAGCUUUAAAAUUAAACUCGUCAGGUGCAGAUAGACUGGGAGAAAUUUAUUUCAGUUUAUUUAUUAGUUGUAAGAAUACAGCAGAAUGUUUUACACUUAGAAAAGAAAUUCUUGGAAACACGUUGAUAUAAAAGUGCACUGACAACAUAAUUAAUAUUUCUUAUAUAGAUUGUAGUCUAUGAUUUAUAUUAUCGUUCUUCAAUAACAAUUCAGUGUAAACAUGUUCAACACGUCAUCGAUGUUCCAAAGACUCAAAGCGAAAAGAAAAGGAAAAAUAUGGCAGCUAUUCCACGCUACGGAUUUUGAAUCGUUGAUGUAUCCCUGUAUCAUGUUUUGCCGCAUUCUGGGAAUAUUUCCAUACAAGAUCAACGCUUUGACCAUCAAAAUUUGCAAACCACGCUAUAUUCUGUCGACUAUCAUUAUCGGCGUUUUUUGCGUCCUCGAAUUAAUAAAACUCUAUGAUCUCAAUAUUUCUAAAAAAAGUUUAAUUAAAGACUUUGAGACAAGCAGGAUACUUUAUAAUAACUGUUUCUCCAUUAUUGGUGUUUUUAUGGCAGUCAUCGCAUUCAUUCUGAGUGGACCACGAAUGCGUUUUCUUCAGACCUUGUUGGAGCUUUCUUUGAAAUUACCUUCGGAAUCAUAUCAGAAACUAUCUAGGCUGAUCCAUGUCAAGGACAUUCUAGGAUUCUUCUUUCUAGUCGUGCUAUUGCUGAUGUAUAUGAUCACAGUGCAGGAUAGUGUCUGGCGCCAGUUUCUUGUAUCGUACAUAUACUUGUUGACGUUUCAGAUGGAUAUGCUAUAUAUGAAUUGUGUUUGCAUAUUAAAAGCUUGUUUCAAGCAAAUCAACGACAAUCUGGUGAAUCUGCGAAAAGUCGUGACGAAUGGUGAGCCAUAUCUCUUGAGUGGCACCUGUCACGAGAAAAGAAUUCCAUUUUUACUGAUGGAGAUUAUAGCUUUGAAAAAGCAGCAUCUGGCAAUCAACGACACAGUACAUACGCUAAAAAUGGUUUUCAGUUUGCAUCUUCUUUCCACGAUACUUAUGACUUUCACUGAAAUUACCUUCUAUCUGUACUUUUGCUCAAUGCAAAUACACCUAGCUUUAGAUAUGAGCUAUGAACAAAAACAGGCUAUUCUUGUAGCCUGUGUUCUAGGUGUAACAUUUUUGUCUAUAAAAUUGGUGUUGAUAGUGUGGGCCUGCGAAACUGGCAAGAAUCAAUCCAUGGAAAUCAGUAGUACCGUUCACGACGUGUUCAAUAGUGCCAGCAAUAAGCAAAUAAAAUAUGAGAUGCGACUAUUUUCCUUGCAAUUAUCACAUUGUGAAAAUACGUUCUCCGCAAAGGGGCUUACUGUGGACGCUACGCUCCUCACUAAGAUGGCAAGUGGCAUUAUCACCUAUGUAUUGAUCUUGAUACAAUUUUUGUUCAUUUCGAGUUCUUGCAGUGGAAAAACUUUAAAGGAUACGCUCUAGUUAAUAAAAAGAUGCAUUUAAUCGAACACACAUAGCCGAACAUAGAAAAGAUAUUUUUAAUAUUUUUUUUUUAUCUUUAUAAGUAGGUUAUCGUUGUGAGUAGAGUCUUUCGUGGUGCUUUAUAGUUAUAGAGAAACUUGCAUAUACUUAUGUAAUACAUAUACAUAGAGAAAAUCUUAUAUCACAUAUGUGUUAAUAACCAGUUGUAAAGGGAUACGUUUUGUUUAUUUAAGUGCACAGUCAAAUUAUGUACAACGUAAUAA